AUGCGAAAGCACCAGCCCGUAAGCAUUCGCGCCGACCGAUUGUACAGCACGCUGAGCAACAGCUUCCGACGUUGGGUCAACUUGGCGGGCUGGACGCUACGGUGGCAAAGACCGCGAGGCCUUGCCACCGUGGGCGAGCACUGCCACUGCUACAAGAUCGGAGAUCUCCGGCGGUCACUUCAAUCUUAUUCCGCCUUGAACACGGCAGCGACUGUUACAUCACCGGUACGAACAGCUGGAGACAAUGCUCAGUGCAAUGGCGAGUGCCAUGUAUUUGCUGGAUGGGCGUUAUCCAGCGCACUGGAGACGGCCACCACUUUCUUCCUCGCUGCUGCCGCUGCUCAAUGA